GGGUGGGGGCGGCGGGAGCGGGCCGCGCCGUCCCGAGGACUCCGCAGGCUGGAGAGCGGGCGGCUUCGGGCGGGCGCCGAGCGAGAGAGCGAGCGGAGCCGGCCGGGCCAUGGGACAGCGGGCAGCGGGCGCGCUGUUGCUGGCGCUGCUGCUGCACGGGCGGCUGCUCGCGGUGACUCAUGGGCUGCGGGCGUAUGAUGGCUUAUCUCUGCCCGAGGACGCAGAGACAGUCACGGUGGGCCGGGCCGGCAGGAGCUACUCAGACAUCUCUGAUGACGAAGACUUGCUGGCUGACGAUGCCUCUGGAGAUGGCCUGGGUAGUGGGGAACCAGGCAGCGGGGACUUUCAGAUGGUUUAUUUCCGGGCCCUGGUAAACUUCACUCGCUCCAUCCGCUACAGCCCUCAGCUGGAGGAUGCGGGCUCCGAGGAGUUCCGGGAAGUGUCCGAGGCUGUGGUCGACACGCUUGAGUCGGAGUACUUGAAGAUUCCCGGAGACCAGGUUGUCAGUGUGGUGUUCAUCAAGGAGCUGGACGGCUGGGUCUUCGUGGAGCUGGAUGUGGGCUCCGAAGGGAAUGCAGACGGGGCUCAGAUUCAGGAAGUGCUUCAUACCGUCAUUUCCAGCGGCUCUGUUGCCUCCUACAUCACCUCUCCCCAGGGAUUCCAGUUCCGGCGCCUGGGCACAGCACAGACACCCCCGCCCCCUCCGGCCGCCGUGGCGGCCGCGGUGACACCAGUGCCCCAGUUCUCAAGAGUCUGCACCGAGGCCGAGUUCGCCUGCCACAGCCACAACGAGUGUGUGGCUCUGGAGUAUCGCUGUGACCGGAGGCCCGACUGCAGGGACAUGUCUGAUGAGCUCAAUUGCGAGGAGGAGGUCCCAGCGGUCAGCUCCGUGUCCCCCACUCUGGUGGAGACCCCACCGCCGGUGCCCUGGCUGGAGGCAACCACCAUUCAGCAGCUGCCGGGCACCCCUGCUCCGCAGCCUCUGCUCCCCGGGAUAGCCAGGCCUGUGCUCUGCGGGCCCCACGAGGCCAUGUGCCACGACGGGCAGUGCAUCCCCAAGGACUACAUCUGCGACGGGCAGGAGGACUGCAAGAACGGCAGUGAUGAGCUGAACUGCGGUCCCCCCCCGCCAUGCGAGCCCAAUGAGUUCGCCUGUGGGAACGGGCACUGCGCCCUGAAGCUGUGGCACUGUGACGGCGACUUUGACUGUGAGGACCGCACCGAUGAGGCCAACUGCCCUGCCAAGCGCCCCGAGGAUGUGUGCGGGCCCACGCAGUUCCGCUGUGUCUCCACAAACACGUGCAUCCCAGCCAGCUUCCACUGUGAUGAAGAGAGUGACUGUCCCGACCGCAGUGAUGAAUUUGGCUGCAUGCCCCCACAGGUGGUGACCCCUCCCCAGGAGUCCAUCCAGGCUUCCCGGGGCCAGACAGUGACCUUCACCUGUGUGGCCAUUGGCGUCCCCACCCCCAUCAUCAACUGGAGGCUUAACUGGGGCCACAUCCCCUCUCAUCCCAGGGUGACAGUGACCAGCGAAGGAGGCCGUGGCACACUGACCAUCCGUGAUGUGAAGGAGGCAGACCAGGGCGCCUAUACCUGUGAGGCCAUGAAUGCCCGGGGCAUGGUGUUCGGCAUUCCCGACGGGGUCCUGGAGCUCAUUCCAAAGCGAGGGCCCUGCCCCGACGGGCACUUCUACCUGGAGCCCAGCGCCUCCUGCCUGCCCUGCUUCUGCUUUGGGGUCACCAGCAUUUGCCAGAGCAGCCGCCGCUUCCGAGACCAGAUCCGGCUCCGCUUUGACCAGCCCAAUGACUUCAAGGGCGUGAACGUAACAAUGCCCGCACAGCCCGGCAUGCCGCCCCUCUCCUCCACCCAGCUGCAGAUCGACCCCGCUGUGCAGGAGUUCCAGCUGGUCGACCUGUCCCGACGCUUCCUGGUGCAUGACUCUUUCUGGGCUCUGCCUGAGCAGUUCCUGGGCAACAAGGUGGACUCCUACGGUGGCUCCCUGCGCUACAAGGUACGCUAUGAGCUGGCCCGAGGCAUGCUGGAGCCAGUGCAGCGGCCAGACGUGGUCCUCGUGGGAGCCGGAUAUCGCCUCCUCUCCCGAGGGCACGUGCCCACCCAGCCUGGCACGCUGAACCAGCGCCAGGUUCAGUUCUCGGAGGAGCACUGGGUCCAUGAGUCUGGCCGGCCAGUGCAGCGGGCCGAGAUGUUGCAGGUGCUGCAGAGCCUGGAGGCUGUGCUCAUCCAAACAGUGUACAACGCCAAGAUGGCCAGCGUGGGACUGAGUGACAUUGCCAUGGAUACCACCGUCAGCCACGCCACCAGCCACGGCCGGGCCCACAGCGUGGAGGAGUGCAGAUGCCCCAUUGGCUACUCUGGCUUAUCCUGCGAGAGCUGUGAUGCCCAUUUCACCCGGGUGCCUGGUGGGCCCUACCUGGGCACCUGCUCUGGCUGCAACUGCAAUGGGCAUGCCAGCUCUUGUGACCCUGUGUAUGGCCACUGCCUGAAUUGCCAGCACAACACAGAGGGGCCACAGUGCAACACGUGCAAGGCUGGUUUCUUCGGGGACGCCACAAAGGCCACAGCCACUGCCUGCCGACCCUGCCCUUGCCCAUACAUUGACGCCUCCCGCAGGUUCUCAGACACCUGCUUCCUGGACACGGAUGGCCAAGCCACAUGUGAUGCAUGUGCCCCAGGCUACACGGGCCGCCGCUGUGAGAGCUGUGCCCCUGGAUAUGAGGGCAACCCCAUCCAGCCAGGCGGGAAGUGCAGGCCCACCAACCAGGAGAUCGUGCGCUGUGACGAGCGAGGCAGCAUGGGGAGCUCUGGGGAGGCCUGCCGCUGUAAGCUCCCAGCUCUGUGCCUGCAGAACAACGUGGUGGGGCGUCUGUGCAAUGAGUGUGUCGCCGGCUCUUUCCACCUGAGUGCCCGCAACCCUGACGGCUGCCUCAAGUGCUUCUGCAUGGGCGUCAGUCGCCAGUGCACCAGCUCCUCCUGGAGCCGCGCCCAGGUGCGUGGGGCUUCCGAGGAGCCCACUCAGUUCAGCCUGACCAACGCCGCAGGCACCCACACCACCAGCGAGGGCAUCUCAUCACCCACAUCCGGAGAACUGGUCUUCUCCUCCUUCCACAACCUCCUCUCCGGACCCUACUUCUGGAGCCUCCCCUCACGCUUUCGCGGGGACAAGGUGACCUCCUAUGGGGGAGAACUACGCUUCACGGUGACCCAGCGGCCCCAGCCUGGCUCCACACCUCUGCACGGGCAGCCGAUGGUUGUAUUGCAGGGCAAUGGCAUCAUCUUAGAGCAUCACACUUCCCAGCAGCCCAGCCCCGGCCAGCCCAGCACCUUCACGGUGCCCUUCCGGGAGCAAGCAUGGCAACGGCCUGAUGGGCAGCCGGCCACACGGGAACACCUGCUCAUGGCCCUGGCGGGCAUCGACACCCUCCUGAUCCAGGCGUCCUUCAGCCAGCAGCCAGCUGAGAGCAGGGUCUCUGGUAUCAGCAUGGACGUGGCUGUGCCUGAGGACACCGGCCAGGACCCCGCGCUGGAAGUAGAACAGUGUACCUGCCCACCCGGGUACCGCGGCCCAUCCUGCCAGGACUGUGACACGGGCUACACACGCAUGCCCAGCGGACUCUACCUGGGCACCUGUGAACGUUGCAGCUGCCACGGCCACUCGGAGAUCUGUGAGCCUGAAACAGGUGCCUGCCAGGGCUGCCAACACUACACGGAGGGCCCUCAGUGCGAGCGGUGCCAACCAGGAUACUAUGGGGACGCCCAGCAGGGGACGCCACAGGACUGCCAGCCGUGCCCAUGCUAUGGAGCCCCCGCUGGUGGCCAGGCUACCCAUACUUGCUUUCUGGACACGGACGGCCACCCCACCUGUGAUGCGUGCUCCCCAGGCCACAGCGGGCGUCACUGUGAGAGGUGUGCCCCAGGUUACUAUGGCAACCCCAGCCAGGGCCAGCCGUGCCAAAGAGACGGCCAACUGCCAGAGCCGAUCGGCUGUGGCUGUGACCCCAAGGGCAGCAUCGGUAGCCAGUGUGACGCUGCUGGCCAGUGCUAUUGCAAGGCCCAGGUGGAAGGCCUCACCUGCAGUCACUGCCGGCCCCACCACUUCUACCUGAGCGCCAGCAACCCCGACGGCUGCGUGCCUUGCUUCUGCAUGGGUGUCACCCAGCAGUGUGCCAGCUCCUCCUACAGCCGCCACCUGAUCUCCACCCGCUUUGCCCCUGGGGACUUCCAAGGCUUUGCCCUGGUGAACCCGCAACGGAACAGCCGCCUGACAGGAGGCUUCACCGUGGAGCCCGUGCCUGAGGGUGCCCAGCUCUCUUUCGGCACCUUCGCCCAGCUUGGCCAUGAGUCCUUCUACUGGCAGCUUCCGGAGGCGUACCAGGGAGACAAGAGGGAGGCGUAUUUUGCACGGAUGCGCCGGGCUCACCAGAACCGCACGUCCCUCUCAGAGGAGCAGUUGCGGGCAGCUGUGACAGCUGAGAGGACCAUGGGUCCCCCAGAGGGCAGGGGCCGGGCACAGCGGCUAUCGGAGGUGGAUGAGGCCCAGAGGCGGAUGGAUGCCGAGAUCUGGCAGCUCCUUUCCAGCUUUGCUGCCCACCCCCAUCCCCCUGCCCCAGGGCCCUUGCUCCAUCCCCAGCCUGCAGCUGCCCUGCAAGCAGCUCUCCCUUCCUCCUCCUCCUCCUCCUCCUCCUCCUCCUCCUCCUCCUCCUCCCCUUCUUCCUCCUCCUCUUCAGCUUCUGCGCCUUCCUCAGCAGGCUCUCAGUUCUCUCUCUCCUACGAAGGCUUCUCUCUACUUCCUGGGAGCCUCUAUUAUUGGCAGCUGCCCCAAGCCUUCCUGGGGAACAAGGUGGCAGCCUAUGGUGGGAAGCUGCGAUAUACCCUCUCCUACACGGCGGGGGCGCAUGGCAGUCCGCUCUCUGACCCUGACGUCCAGAUCACGGGCAACAACAUCAUGCUGGUGGCCUCCCAGCCAGCGCUGCAGGGCCCAGAGAGGAAGAGCUUCGAGAUCAUUUUCCGAGAGGAAUUCUGGCGCCGGCCUGAUGGGCAGCCGGCCACGCGCGAGCACCUCCUGAUGGCGCUGGCCGACCUGGAUGAGCUCCUGGUCCGGGCCACGUUCUCCUCGAUGCCACGGGCAGCCAGCAUCAGCUCCGUCAGCCUGGAGGUCGCCCAGCCUGGGCCCUCAGAGGGACCCCGGGCCAUGGAGGUGGAGGAAUGCCGCUGUCCCCCGGGCUAUGUUGGCUUGUCAUGCCAGGACUGUGCCCCAGGCUAUACACGCACUGGCAGUGGACUCUACCUCGGCCACUGUGAGCUGUGUGAAUGCAACGGCCACUCAGACCUGUGCCACCCGGAGACCGGGGCCUGCUCGCACUGCCAGCACAACGCCGCUGGGGAAUUCUGUGAGCUGUGUGCCCCUGGCUAUUAUGGAGAUGCUACUGCCGGGACACCUGAGGACUGCCAGCCCUGCGCCUGCCCACUGACCAACCCGGAGAACAUGUUCUCCCGCACCUGUGAGAGCCUGGGAGCUGGCGGGUACCGAUGCACAGCCUGUGAACCUGGCUACACUGGCCAGUACUGUGAGCAAUGUGCCCCAGGCUACGUGGGUAACCCCAAUGUGCGGGGAGGCCGGUGCCUGCCCCAAGCAGAUGCAGCCCCACUGGUGGUCCGGGUGCAUCCGGCUCGGAGCAUAGUACCCCAAGGUGGCUCCCACUCCCUGUGGUGCCAGGUCAGUGGGAGCCCACCCCACUACUUUUACUGGUCUCGUGAGGAUGGGCGUCCCUUGCCUAGCAGCACCCAGCAGCGACAUCAAGGCUCUGAGCUCCACUUCCCUAGCGUCCAGCCAUCAGAUGCUGGCGUCUAUAUCUGCACCUGUCGUAAUCUCCAUCGCGCCAAUACCAGCCGGGCAGAGCUGCUGGUCACCGAGGCUCCAAGCAAGCCCAUCACGGUGACCGUGGAGGAGCAGCGGAGCCAGAGCGUGCGCCCCGGGGCUGAUGUCACCUUCAUCUGCACAGCCAAGAGCAAGUCUCCCGCUUACACCCUGGUUUGGACCCGCCUGCACAAUGGGAAACUGCCAGCCCGAGCCAUGGAUUUCAACGGCAUCCUGACCAUUCGCAACGUACAGCCGAGCGACGCGGGCACCUACGUCUGCACGGGCUCCAACAUGUUCGCCAUGGACCAGGGCACAGCCACACUGCACGUGCAAGCCUCGGGCACCCCGUCCGCCCCCGUGGUCUCCAUCCAUCCGCCGCAGCUCACCGUGCAGCCCGGACAGCUGGCCGAGUUCCGCUGCAGUGCCACCGGGAACCCCGCGCCCACCCUCGAGUGGACAGGGGGCCCUGGCGGCCAGCUCCCUCAGAAGGCACAGAUCCACGGCGGCAUCCUGCGCCUGCCAGCCGUCGAGCCCUCGGAUCAAGCCCAGUACCUGUGUCGUGCCCUUAACAGUGCCGGGCAGCACGUGGCCAGGGCCGUGCUCCACGUGCAUGGGGGCAGCGGGCCCAGGGUCCAGGUGAGCCCAGAGAGGACUCAGGUACACGAAGGCCGCACCGUCAGGCUGUACUGCAGGGCCGCAGGGGUGCCCAGCGCCACCAUCACCUGGAGGAAGGAAGGGGGCAGCCUCCCCCCACAGGCCCGGUCCGAGCGCACAGACAUCGCCACGCUGCUCAUCCCGGCCAUCACAGCUGCCGACGCCGGCUUCUACCUCUGCGUGGCCAGCAGCCCCGCGGGCACCGCGCAGGCCCGGAUCCAAGUGGUUGUCCUUCCAGGUGCCAGCUCCCCACCAGUCAGGAUCGAGUCCUCAUCGCCUUCGGUGACUGAAGGCCAGACGCUGGACCUCAACUGUGUGGUGGCCGGCCUGGCCCACACCUCCAUCACGUGGUACAAGCGAGGGGGCAGCCUGCCUCCCCACAGCCAGGUGCAUGGCUCCCGGUUACGGCUUCCCCAGGUUUCUCCAGCUGAUUCUGGAGAAUACGUCUGCCGAGUGGAGAACGAGUCAGGCCCGAAAGAGGCCUCCAUCGUCAUCUCUGUCUUCCACAACACCCACCCAGGCCCUGGCUACACUCCAGCUCCUGGAGGAGCCCCAGCUCCGGGCAGCACCCAGCUCAUCCGCAUCGAGUCUUCCUCCUCUCACGUGGCUGAAGGACAGACCCUGGACCUGAACUGCGUGGUGCCCGGGCAGGCCCACGCGCAGGUCACAUGGCACAGGCGUGGGGGCAGCCUCCCCGCCCGGCACCAGACCCAUGGCUCGCUGCUGCGGCUGCACCAGGUGUCUCCAGCCGACUCGGGCGAGUACGUAUGCCGCGUGGUCCUUGGCUCUGGGCCCCUGGAGGCCUCCGUCCUGGUCGACAUCAAGGCCUCCGGCUCCCCUCCGGGCUCCAUCCCUGCCCCAGGACCUGUCCCCCCUGUCAGGAUCGAGUCCACAUCCCCCACAGUGGCCGAGGGGCAGACCCUGGAUCUGAGCUGUGUGGUGGCAGGGCAGGCCCAUGCCCAGGUCACGUGGUACAAGCGUGGGGGCAGCCUCCCCGCCCGGCACCAGGUCCGCGGCUCCCGCCUGUACAUCUUCCAGGCCUCGCCAGCCGAUGCAGGCGAGUACGUUUGCCGGGCCAGCAAUGGUAUGGAGGCCUCUAUCACAGUCACCGUAACCAGGACCCAGGGGGCCAACUUUGCCUACCCUCCGGGCAGCACCCAGCCCAUCCGCAUCGAGUCCUCCUCCUCCCACGUGGCUGAAGGGCAGACCCUGGAUCUGAACUGCAUAGUGCCUGGGCAGGCCCACGCCCAGGUCACGUGGCAUAAGCGUGGGGGCAGCCUCCCUGCCCGGCACCAGACCCACGGCUCACUGCUGAGACUACACCAGGUGUCCCCAGUUGACUCGGGCGAGUAUGUGUGCCGCGUGGUGGGUGGCUCGGUGCCCCUGGAGGCCUCUGUCCUGGUGACCAUUGAGCCUGCAGGCUCUGUACCUGCGCUGGGGGUCACUCCCCCAGUCCGGAUCGAGUCAUCCUCCUCCCAUGUGGCUGAAGGGCAGACCUUGGAUCUGAACUGCCUGGUUGCUGGGCAGGCCCAUGCCCAGAUCACAUGGCACAAGCGAGGGGGCAGCCUCCCCGCUCGGCACCAGGUGCAUGGCUCGAGGCUGCGGCUGCCCCAGGUGACCCCAGCCGACUCUGGGGAGUACAUAUGCCGUGUGGUCAGCAGCUCGGGCACCCAAGAAGCCUCAGUCCUUGUCACUAUCCAGCAGCGCCUUGGCCCCUCCCACCCCCAGGGCGUGGUAUACCCCGUCCGCAUCGAGUCCUCCUCAGCCUCCCUGGCCAAUGGACGUGUCCUGGACCUCAACUGCCUGGUGGCCAGCCAAGCCCCGCACACCAUCACCUGGUAUAAGCGUGGAGGUAGCCUACCCAGCCGGCACCAGAUCGUGGGCUCCCGACUGCGGAUCCCCCAGGUGACACCUGCAGACUCUGGCGAGUACGUGUGUCACGUCAGUAACGGUGCCGGGUCCCAGGAGACCUCACUCAUUGUUACCAUCGAGGGCAGCGGCUCCUCCCAUGUGCCCAGUGUCUCCCCACCAAUCAAGAUCGAGUCCUCGUCCCCCACCGUGGUCGAAGGACAGACCUUGGAUCUGAACUGCGUAGUCGCUGGGCAGCCCCAGGCCACCAUCACGUGGUACAAGCGUGGGGGCAGCCUUCCUGCCCAACACCAGGCCCAUGGCUCCCGCCUACGGCUGCACCGCAUGUCUGUGGCUGACUCCGGCGAGUACGUGUGCCGGGCCAACAACAACAUCGAUGCCCAGGAGGCCUCCAUUGUGGUCUCAGUGUCCCCCAGCAGUGGCAGCCCCUCUGCCCCUGGCGGUACGAUGCCCGUCAGAAUCGAGUCGUCUUCCUCCCACGUGGCCGAAGGGCAGACCGUGGAUCUGAACUGCGUGGUCCCUGGCCAGGCCCACGCCCAGGUCACGUGGCACAAGCGCGGGGGCAGCCUCCCCACUCACCACCAGGCCCAUGGCUCACGGCUGAGGCUGUACCAGGUGUCCCCGGCUGACUCGGGCGAGUACGUGUGCCAGGUGGUGAGCAGCUCGGGCCCCCUGGAGGCCUCAGUCCUGGUCAACAUCGAGGCCUCUGGCUCCAGUGCUGUUCCUGUCCCUGCCCCAGGCGGAGCCCCACCCAUCCGCAUUGAGACCUCCUCCUCCCAUGUGGCCGAAGGGCAGACCCUGGAUCUGAACUGCAUAGUCCCUGGACAGGCCCACGUCCAGGUCACAUGGCACAGGCGCGGGGGCAGCCUUCCUGCCCGGCACCAGGUCCACGGACCCCUGCUAAGGCUGAAUCAGGUGUCCCCGGCUGACUCUGGAGAAUACUACUGUCAGGUGACCAGCAGCUCGGGAACCCUGGAGGCUUCUGUUCUAGUCACGAUUGAGGCCUCCAGCCCAAGCCCCAUUCCUGCCCCAGGACUGGCCCAGCCCAUCUAUAUCGAGGCCUCCUCCUCCCACGUGGCCGAAGGACAGACCCUGGACCUGAACUGCGUGGUGCCAGGGCAGGCCCACGCCCAGGUCACGUGGUACAAGCGUGGGGGCAGCCUCCCCGCCCGGCACCAGACCCACGGCUCCCGGCUGCGGCUCCACCACGUGUCCCCUGCUGACUCCGGCGAGUACGUGUGCCGCGUGGUUGGCGGCUCAGGCCCUGAGCAGGAGGCUUCCUUCACAGUCACUGUCCCACCCAGUGCGGGGUCCUCCUACCGCCUUAGGAGCCCCGUCAUCUCUAUCGACCCGCCCAGCAGCACUGUGCAGCAGGGCCAAGAUGCCAGCUUCAAGUGCCUCAUCCAUGACGGGGCAGCCCCCAUCAGCCUCGAGUGGAAAACUCGGAACCAAGAACUGGAGGACAAUGUCCACAUCAGCCCCAACGGCUCCAUCAUCACCAUCGUGGGCACCCGACCCAGCAACCACGGUGCUUACCGCUGUGUGGCCUCCAACGCCUACGGCGUGGCCCAAAGUGUCGUCAACCUCAGUGUGCACGGGCCCCCUACUGUGUCUGUGCUCCCUGAGGGUCCCGUGCGGGUGAAGGUAGGAAAGUCCAUCACCCUGGAAUGUGUCAGUGCUGGGGAGCCCCGCUCUUCGGCUCACUGGACCCGGAUUGGCGCCCCCACCAACCUAGAACAGCGGAUGUAUGGGGUCGUGGACAGCCAUACGGUGUUGCAGAUUUCAUCAGCUAAACCAUCAGAUGCAGGCACCUACGUAUGCCUGGCUCGGAAUGCGCUAGGCACAGCACAGAAGCGGGUGGAGGUGAUUGUGGACACAGGCACUGUGGCCCCAGGGGCCCCCCAGGUUCAAGUUGAAGAAGCCGAGCUGACUGUAGAGGCUGGACACACAGCCACACUGCGCUGCUCAGCCACAGGCAGCCCCACGCCCACCAUCCACUGGUCCAAGCUGCGCUCCCCACUGCCCUGGCAGCACCGGCUGGAAGGUGACACACUGAUCAUCCCCCGGGUGGCCCAGCAGGACUCAGGCCAGUACAUCUGCAACGCCACCAGCCCUACCGGGCAUGCCGAGGCCACCAUCGCCCUGCAUGUGGAGAGCCCACCGUAUGCCACCACAGUCCCGGAGCACGCUUCGGUGCGGGCAGGAGAGACGGUGCAGAUCCAGUGCCUGGCGCAUGGGACACCCCCGCUCACCUUCCAGUGGAGCCGUGUGGGUGGCAGCCUCCCUGGGAGGGCGACUGCCAGGAACGAGAUGCUGCGCUUUGAGCCCGCGGCCCCCGAGGACUCAGGCCGCUACCGUUGCCGGGUCACCAACAAGGUGGGCUCGGCUGAGGCCUUCGCCCAGGUGCUCAUUCAAGGCCCCUCUGGCUCUGUCCCGGCCACCGCCAUCCCAGCAGGAUCCGCGCCCACCGUUCAGGUCACACCUCAGCUGGAGACCAAGAGCGUAGGGGCCAGCGUCGAGUUCCACUGUGCCGUGCCCAGUGACCAGGGCACCCAGCUCCGUUGGGUCAAGGAAGGGGGUCAGCUGCCUCCUGGCCACAGUGUGCAGGAUGGGGUGCUCCGAAUCCAGAACUUGGACCAGAGCUGCCAAGGGACAUAUGUUUGCCAGGCCUAUGGACCAUGGGGACAGGCCCAGGCCAGUGCCCAGCUGGUUGUCCAAGCCCUGCCCUCGGUGCUCAUCAACAUUCGGACCUCCGUGCAGACCGUGGUGGUCGGCCAUGCCGUGGAGUUCGAGUGCCUGGCCCUGGGUGACCCCAAGCCCCAGGUGACAUGGAGCAAAGUCGGGGGGCGCCUGCGGCCUGGCAUCGUGCAGAGCGGGGGCAUCGUCAGGAUCGCCCACGUGGAGCUGGCCGAUGCGGGGCAGUACCGCUGCACGGCCACCAACGCCGCUGGCACCACCCAGUCCCACGUGCUGCUGCUCGUGCAAGCCUUGCCCCAGAUCUCCACGCCCCCAGAGGUCCGUGUGCCUGCUGGUUCUGCAGCCGCCUUCCCCUGCAUGGUCUCUGGCUACCCCACUCCCAAGAUCACCUGGAGCAAGCUGGACGGUAACCUGCCACCUGACAGCCGCGUGGAGAACACCAUGCUGCUGCUGCCCUCGGUCCGACCUCAGGACGCAGGCACUUACGUCUGCACUGCUACCAAUCACCAGGGCAAGGUCAAAGCCUUUGCCCAUCUGCAGGUGCCGGAGCGGGUGGUGCCCUACUUCACACAGACCCCCCACUCCUUCCUGCCACUGCCCACCAUCAAAGAUGCCUACAGGAAGUUCGAGAUCAAGAUCACCUUCCGUCCUGACUCAGCCGAUGGCCUCCUUCUCUACUCGGGGAUGCUGCUGUAUAAUGGGCAGAAGCGGAUCCCAGGGAGCCCCACCAACCUGGCCAACAGGCAGCCUGACUUCAUCUCCUUCGGCCUCGUGGGUGGAAGGCCUGAGUUCCGGUUUGACGCAGGCUCAGGCAUGGCCACCAUCCGCCACCCCACUCCGCUGGCACUGGGCCAGUUCCACACCGUGACCCUGCUGCGCAGCCUUACCCAGGGCUCUCUGAUUGUGGGCGGACUGGCCCCGGUCAACGGGACCUCUCAGGGCAAGUUCCAGGGCCUGGACCUAAACGAGGAGCUCUACCUGGGUGGCUACCCCGACUACGGCGCCAUCCCCAAGGCGGGGCUGAGCGGCGGCUUCGUAGGCUGCGUCCGGGAGCUGCGCAUCCAGGGCGAGGAGAUCAUCUUCCACGACCUCAACCUUACGGCGCACGGCAUCUCCCACUGCCCCACCUGUCGGGACCGGCCCUGCCAGAACGGGGGCCAAUGUCAGGAUUCAGAGAGCAGCAGCUACGUGUGCAUCUGCCCGGCUGGCUUCACCGGGAGCCGCUGUGAGCACUCCCAGGCCCUGCACUGCCACCCAGAGGCCUGUGGGCCCGACGCCACCUGUGUGAACCGGCCUGACGGUCGAGGCUACACCUGUCGCUGCCAUCUGGGCCGCUCAGGGAUGAGAUGUGAGGAAGGUGUGACGGUGACCACCCCCUCCAUGUCGGGCACUGGCUCCUACCUGGCACUGCCCGCCCUCACCAACACGCACCAUGAACUGCGCCUGGACAUUGAGUUCAAGCCGCUGGCGCCUGACGGCAUCCUGCUGUUCAGCGGGGGGAAGAGCGGGCCUGUGGAGGACUUCGUGUCCCUGGCGAUGGUUGGCGGCCACCUGGAGUUCCGAUAUGAGCUAGGGUCAGGGCUGGCCGUGCUGCGGACCCCCGAGCCGCUGGCCCUGGGCCACUGGCACCGAGUGUCCGCGGAACGUCUCAACAAGGACGGCAGCCUGCGCGUGAACAGCAGACGCCCCGUGCUGCGCUCCUCGCCCGGCAAGAGCCAGGGCCUCAACCUGCACACCCUCCUCUACCUCGGCGGCGUGGAGCCCUCCGUGCGUCUGCCCCCGGCCACCAACGUUAGCGCUCACUUCCGUGGCUGUGUGGGUGAGGUGUCAGUGAACGGAAAGCGGCUAGACCUCACCUACAGCUUCCUGGGCAGCCGGGGCAUCGGGCAGUGCUACACCAGCUCCCCGUGUGAGCGCCAGCCUUGCCAGAACCGUGCCACAUGCAUGCCUACCGGCGAGUACGAGUUCCAGUGCCUGUGUCCCGAUGGCUUCAAAGGAGACCUCUGUGAGCACGAGGAGAACCCCUGCCGGCUCCGUGAGCCCUGUCUGCACGGGGGCGUCUGCCAGGGCACCCGCUGCCUCUGUCCCCCCGGCUUCUCUGGCCCACGCUGCCAACAAGGCUCUGGACAAGGCACAGCCGAGUCUGAUUGGCAUCUGGAAGGCAGUGGGGGCAACGAUGCCCCUGGGCAGUACGGAGCCUAUUUCCACGAUGACGGCUUCCUAGCUCUCCCCGGCCGCGUUUUCUCCAGGAGCCUGCCCGAGGUGCCAGAGACCAUCGAGCUGGAGGUUCGGACCAGCACGGCCAAUGGCCUCCUGCUCUGGCAGGGUGUGGAUGUGGGAGAGGCCGGCCGCGGCAAGGACUUCAUCAGUCUCGGGCUUCAGGACGGGCACCUUGUCUUCAGCUACCAGCUGGGCAGCGGGGAGGCCCGCCUCGUCUCCGAGGACCCCAUCAAUGAUGGCGAGUGGCAUCGGGUGACGGCACUGCGAGAGGGCCGGAGAGGCUCCAUCCAGGUGGACGGCGAGGAGCUGGUCAGUGGCCAGUCCCCAGGCCCUAAUGUGGCCGUCAACACCAAGGGCAGCAUCUACAUCGGUGGAGCUCCCGACGUGAGCACGCUGACCGGGGGCAGGUUCUCCACGGGCAUCACCGGCUGUAUCAAGAACCUGGUGCUGCACUCUGCCCGGCCUGGCGCCCCGCCCCCACAGCCGCUGGACCUGGAGCACCGCGCCCAGGCGGGGGCCAGCACGCGCCCCUGCCCCUCGUAGGCAGCCGCCCGCCCCACACGGACUCCCGGGCAGCAUCCCAGCCCCACGACAUCGAGUAUAUUGUUAUUAAUAUUAUUAUUAUGAAUAUUUUCUAAGGAACUGA